GUCUUAAAUUACACCACUCACCUGUAAAUUCAUGCACUCUCCAUCCAUCCAUCCACCCCUUCUUAUACAACCGCCCUCCUCACCCAACCCAUUCAACACACACUCACCAAUGGAGUUUUCUCACACACUAGUCAUCUUCUCAACCAUCUUCUUCACCAUCAUCCUCACCCUCAUCCGCCCCAAACGCCGCCUCAACCUCCCCCCCGGACCCCCCGGCUGGCCCAUCGUCGGCAACCUACUCCAAGUCGCCGGUUCGGGCAAACCAUUCUUCCAAUAUGUCCGAGAAUUGGUUCCCAAAUACGGCCCGAUCAUCACUCUCAAGAUGGGUACCCGAACAAUGAUUAUUAUAUCUCGGGCUGAUGUUGUCCAUGAAGCCUUGAUUGAAAACGGUCAGGUUUUCGCUACUAGGCCCGCUGAGAACCCGACACGGGCCGUGUUCAGUUGUAAUAAGUUUACUGUCAACGCGGCUUUGUACGGGCCGGUUUGGAGGUCGUUGAGGAGGAAUAUGGUGCAGAAUGCGUUGAGUGCGAGUAAGUUACGUACGUUUAGAGAGGUUAGAGGUGUAGCUAUGGAUAAGCUUGUGGACCGGUUGAAGGCUGAGGCGGAGGCGAAUGGUGGUGCGGUUUGGGUGCUGAAAAACGCGCGGUUUGCGGUGUUUUGUAUCCUUGUUUCGAUGUGUUUUGGUGUGGAGAUGGAUGAGAAAACAAUUGAACAAAUAGAUGAAAUGAUGAAAUUGGUGUUGUUGACGCUUGAUCCGCGGUUGGAUGAUUAUUUGCCUUUGUUAAGGCCGCUUUGUUCGAAGAAGCGAAAGCGAGCGAUGGAGGUGAGGGAGCAGCAGAUUGCGAUGUUGGUUCCAUUUAUCGAGCGGAGGCGGGCGGCAAUCGGAAGUCUGGGAUCCGAUCCCACGGCGGCGGAGUUUGCGUAUCUUGAUACGCUGUUUGAUUUGACGGUGGAAGGACGGAACGAUCCACCGUCAAAUCCGGAGAUUGUGACGUUGUGUUCGGAGUUUCUUAAUGGUGGUACGGAUACCACUGCUACCGCAGUUGAAUGGGCGGUGGCUCGAUUUAUCGAGGCACCGUCCAUUCAGUCACGGAUUUACGAGGAGAUAAAAUCCGUGGUAGGAGAGAGAAAAAUUAAUGAAAAGGACAUCGAAAACAUGCCCUAUCUGAAUGCGGUGGUAAAGGAAUUAUUACGAAAACACCCUCCAACUUAUUUUUCUCUCACACAUUCGGUUACGGAGCCUGCAAAACUUGCAGGCUACGAUAUACCGAAGGGGGCUAAUGUGGAGAUAUAUAUACCCGGGAUCAGUGAGGAUCCGAAACUUUGGACCAAUCCGGAUAGAUUCGACCCGGAUAGGUUUCUUACGGGGGGUGAGAGCGCGGAUAUAACCGGGGCGACGGAGUUAAAGAUGAUUCCAUUUGGGGUGGGACGAAGGAUCUGCCCGGGUUUGGGGAUGGCGACGUUGCAUGUGAGUUUGAUGAUCGGUCGGAUGGUUCAGGAGUUCGAAUGGACGUCGUGGCCGCAGAACAGCAAGGUGGAUUUUAGUGAGAAAACGGAGUUCACUGUGGUGAUGAAGAACACUCUUAGAGCUAUGAUCACAUCUAGGGUUUGAAUUUGUUUGAUGAUUGUGUUUUUAGAAUUUUAGUGUUAGUUAUGUUGGUUGAUUAUCAUAUUAUUAGUUUGAAUUUUGUGGUUUUUACGAAACACAGUUGAAUGAAGGCAUGGUUAAGUUA